UUAUUUUGUUAUCCACAGACAUGGGCAUUGUGAUGAGAUAGCAAUCACCAUCGAGUCUGCUCAGCCCACCGCCACUACUCUGUUCAUUUCCUCGGCCAGAACAUCCUCCUCCAACGGCCCUAUCAUCACAAGGAGAGACCGGUAAUCAUUCUCAGCCCUACCCCCCUCCAUUCGCGUCCACCCUGUGCGUGGCCGGAAGCUGCAGGUGAAAUUGAUCACCAGGCAUCCAAAACCAGAGACGUCGGGUUCUUGGAGGUGCAUGCACGCGGAGAAAAGAACAGAAGCCAAAUAGGAAACGGCAGGAGAGAUAUAAAGAGUGGGAGAGAAGAAAGGAGAAAUUGAGGAAGACAGCAAGGGCUCUUGAAGAAAGUGAAGAGUAUUUGAACUGUCUGUGAAGAACCAGGAGUUGCCAUGGCAACACAGAACGGUCAUACCAGCGUCCACGUCUCAGACACCCAGACGUGGGAGAGGAACAAGAAAUACACGGUUUACAAGGUGGUUGUCGUGGCUGCAGGGAAGACCUGGUUCAUCUUCAGAAGAUACAAUGAAUUCCACAAACUCUAUGAAGUUCUGAAGAAGAAGUUUCCCGGUGCAGACCUCAAGCUGCCGGGCAAGAAGCUCUUUGGCAACAACUUUGACCCAGAAUUCAUCCGUCAGAGAAGAGAAGGCCUCCAUGAUUUCAUCCAGAAAAUCAUCAACAAUCAGCAGAUAUUACAGCAGUGAGUAUAUAUAUCCCUCCCCUCUGUCAACC